UAGACAUUUAGGGUGACAGUCAGCUCUUUAAUCUCUGCAGUGACCACACCAGCACACAGGACCUGUCCCAGGGCAAGGCCAGUCUGUGCAGAGGAGUGCUCCUGCUGUGGGCUGCAGGAAGCAGUUCAUCCAGGCUCAGCAUUUCAUGUGCUGCCCGGGGACAUAUUCAGAGCUCAACUCUAACACCAGAAGUCUCGUUUCCUUUUCCUUCAGGAGCUGCCUGUGGGUACCAGGAAACCCAAAGAGGAUGUCCUGACCCCUUACUCUAGCCAAAGGAUAUUUCUCCAGCCUGCAUGCUGCCCAAACAUCAGUGGUGACUUGAGUGUCCUCUACUGCUCCAGCCAUGGGGACCUCCUCUUCCACAUCCUCUAAUAGAGAAGGUGGUGAUUUGGCCUCCAGCUUUAACGAGUUUUUUAAGGACUUCAAGCUGGAAAGCAAAAUCCUCUCUCAGGAAACCAUCACUUUGAUUCAAUCACACCUAGUGAAGGGGGAACUUCAGAGUGCAGUUUCUGCAAUUAGUGAUGCAUUGAGAGACAUUGACAAUGCCCCACUGAACAUUGCUGUGACCGGGGAGUCUGGGGCAGGGAAGUCCAGCUUCAUCAAUGCCCUGCGGGGUGUGGGGCACGAGGAAGAAGGGGCUGCCCCCACUGGGGAACUGGAGACAACCACUGACAGAACCAAAUAUGAACACAAGAAGUUUCCCAAUGUGACAUUAUGGGACCUGCCAGGGGUAGGGACCACUAAAUUUCAGCCUCAUGAGUAUCUGGAGAAAAUGAAAUUUGGUGAGUAUGACUUCUUUAUUAUCAUCUCUUCUACACGCUUCAAAAUCAAUGAUGCACAACUAGCUAAUGCAAUUAGAAAAAUGAAGAAGAAUUUCUACUUUGUCCGAUCUAAAGUGGACAGUGAUUUACAUAAUGCACAAAGAACUAAACCCAGCACUUUCAAUAAAAAUGAAAUCCUGCAAAGGAUCCACAAUGACUGUGUGACUCAACUGCAGAAGGCCAAAGUGAAGGACCCUCAGGUCUUCUUAGUCUCCAGCCUUGAUUUGUCUGACUAUGAUUUCCAAAGCCUGGAGACCACCCUUCUGAGGCAGCUUCCAGCCCACAAGCGCCACAUCUUCAUGCAAUACCUGCCAAAUGUUACUGAGGCUGCCAUUGAUCGGAAGAGGGAUUCCCUGAGACAGAAGGUCUGGCUGGAGGCCCUGAAAGCUGGAGCAUCGGCUACCAUCCCUUUCAUGGGUUUGAUCAGCGAUAAAGAUGUAGAGAAGCUGGAACAGACUUUAACCCUCUACAGGUCUUACUUUGGGCUGGAUGAUGCAUCCCUGGAAAUCAUAGCCAAGGACUUGCACGUGUCAGUGGAGAAACUCAAGGCAAACCUUAGGUCUCCCCAUUUGCUAUCAAUUGAGAAGAAUGAUGAGUCAUUAGGGGAAAAACUGUUGAGAUAUGUGGAAAAAUUCUGCUCUGUUAGUGGAGGACUUAUCGCCACUGGUGUUUACUUUAGGAAGAUUUUCUGCUUGCAAAAUUAUUUCCUUGAGACUGUGGUGAGUGAUGCAAAAGUUCUUCUUAAAAAAGAAGAGAUUUUUAAGGACUCUAUGGACUCUGGGCAAACCUAUCCACUUCAGAAUGUAGGGAAUGAAAAUGGGAAAAGUGAGGCAGCCAGCUCCUGAAUUAUUCUCAGUGUUAGCAUGGCACUGGUGCCUGGAAAGUUGAGUUAGGACUUCCCUGAAGCAAUCCUGACCCACUGCCCUCAAAGUGUAUCACAGACAUUUCCAUAAUACUCUCUUGAACAAACCACCAAAUGUAAUGACUGUAAUUUCACAGUGAGAGCAAUGAAGUCUAAAGAAUCCUUCCUUCAUAUGAUUCUUUUGGGAAAAAUGAAGGACAGUAAUCUGAAAUUUUCUGCUUAUUGGAGAGAAAAACAUUUUGUGUCAUGGUUACUAUAUAGCCAGUCUUUCUACUGACAUAGUAGUAAAAAAUAGAUGUUCACACAGUAGAUCUUCAAGACUGAUUUUUUUAAAUAAAAGCAUACAUAGUCUGUUUUUGGCACUCCUGUCACGUGGUUGUGAAUGCAUGAAUUCUGAUCAUUAAUAGAUCAUCAAUUAAUGUGGCUGAUAAUCCUCCUUGUCCUUUCCAGGGUUACCAUUUUAUUUAAAAACAUAAAAGGUAGCUGAACAUGUGUCACAAUAAAUGAAACAGAAACAUUAGCUAAGGAAAAGCUUUAUCUGGGGUGCACUGUGAGAGGAAUAUGCGUAUAAGAUGGGAACAUACUCCAAGGGCUGCAUAUUGCAUGUCUAGACACCCCUUGGCUGCUAUCAGUGUAUUUUGUGCCUGAACUUGAGAGGUUAGGGAAUAAAGAGACAAGAGGAUUUUGAUAAAUCUAAGUGGAAAUUUAAAAAAUGAAAAAGGUAUUUAGAUAUAUGCAGUCCUUCAUCUAAUAAGGGAAAUGCAAAUUGGGAAUGACAUCUACACAAAAAUAUCAUUUAUCUCUUAUUAGAUUGGGGGAAAUUGCAAAGUUUGACAUUCUGUGGGUGGCAGUGUAGAAAAAUAGUUGUGGUCACACAAUUUUGGUGGGUACACAAAAUGAUCUAGCCUAUAAUGUGGUAAGUUAGACCAUCUCUAGGAAAAUUACACUGACAUUUACACUUUGCCCCAGUGGUCUCACUUUGAAGAACCUGGGCCAUAAAAAGUGAGAGUAGAUUGGUGGUUGACAGGCAUUGGAAGUGGGGAAAUGUGUAAUGCUGUUGAAAGAGCGCAUCUUUCAGUUAUAAGGCGAAUGUAUAGUAUGGUGACCGUAGUUAAUAAGACUGUGUAAUAAUAGUACUAUACAACAAUACCUGAAAUUUGCUAAGAGAGUAGAUCCCAAGCUGCUCAACACACACACACAAGGUAAAUAUGUGAGGUGAUGGAUGUAUUAAUUAACUUGGCUGCUGUGCUUAUUCCUCCAUAUGUACCUAUGUAUCAAAUCAUCACAUUGUACACUUUAAAUAUAUAUGAUUCUAUUUGUCACUUUUACCUAAAUAAAGCUUGGGGGGGAGAACCAAAAAGCUGGAAAAUUUUUUAAAAGAUACAUGCUUAAAAUUAUUAAUUCAGCAUUAUUUGAAAUGGUAAAACACAAAUUUCAAAUGUUUUUUAAUAAGAAAUGUUAGAGCCACAAUGACAUAUAUAUACAAAAACAGUGAGUAAUAUCAUAUGUAUAGCUAUGCUCUCAUCUCCAGGAUAUACUGUUUAUUGUUCAUUGAAAAAAGUAAGAUGGAUAAUUUUGUGUAUAGUAUAUUACUGAUGAUCUAAGACAAUGUAAAAUAGGAAUAUAUAUUUACACAUAUUCUUUAAUUAAAAAGACAACUUUAGUAAUAAAAUUCACUUAUCUAUAGGGAAAGUGAUGCUACUGUGUCGAGAGGCAGUGUAAGAGCUAGAUUUUACUCAAUGUAACUUAUUUUACAUUGAAACGUGCAAAUGUCUUACAAAGCUAUAUAACUAUGUAAUUAAGCAAAAAGACCCAACAUUAUAGAAAUACAAAUCAAAACAAA